AUGCAAUCACUGAAGGGAUCUUUGGUGUAAUUCCUUACAUUGCACCAGAAGUAUUAUAUACGGGCGGAAAAGAGUAUACUCAAAAAUCAGAUAUUUAUUCUUUUGGAAUUAUCAUGUCAGAAGUUUUUACUGGAUAUCCUCCAUAUCAUGAUAUUCCGCAUGGUGAAACUUUAGUAAGAAAAAUUUGCAUAGGUCAUAGACCUGAAAUUAGAUGUGAGGUUCCCCAACUACUUUUGGAUUUAAUGAAUAAAUGCUGGGAUGCCGAACCUCAAAACCGACCAACUGCUAAUGAAUUAGCUAAUGCGCUGAAGCAACUUUUUGAAGAUUUGAAAAAUGAAAAAACCAAAUUAUAUAAGCAAGUUGAAGAAAUUAAAAACUCAGACCAAAAUUCAAAUCAAUUCACAGCAAUACGACUCAACUACCAGACGCAUAAACAGGCUAGUUAUACAAGUCGGAUUUUUUAUUAUCGAAGUCUCCCUAAACCAAUAAAUGCUAAUAUAG